AUGUCAGCCACCGUCGCCACGGGGCAGCCGUUGCCUCUGACUGCCCAUUCACACCCCAGCGAUCCUAUUCCUGAAGAACCCUCCGACACGAGAAAGCUCUCCAUAUCGGCCUCUCAGUUCUCUCAAUCCAUACCGUCCAACCAUGGCCUCUCCAGCUCCUACUCCGACACGGCCUCAACCCUCGACACUGAACCCACCACGCCUGUGACGGACGGCUUAUCGGAUGACUCGCUAGACGAGUUGCAGGACAAACUGCCACAGGGUCCGCAAGGCAAGAAAAGGAGGGCAUCCACCUUGCUCGUCUCGCAGGACUCAGAAGAUGCACGACGGUUUCUGGGUGAGAGAGGCGCGGCGACUGCCAUGAUCCAGAAAGCGUGCUGUGGCGGAGGUUGCUGUAUGCUUCAGGAGUUGAAGUCGAAACAGCCUCGCGAAGGGUCGAUACCCCUGAAAGUGCCUGACAGCCCGGCGUAUCAGAGCCUGAAGAUCAACUUGGGACACCUGAGCCUGGACAGCGAGCUCACCGGCGUGAUCGACCUGCCCCCGAAGACAGCCUCCUUCGAAAAUCUGGCAAACAACCCCUCGAGAACAUAUGCUGAACCGCAAAGGCAGCACAAACCUGAGGUGCUCAAACAUCCCCCCAGUUUUGUCACACCGCAUCCGCCCUACCAAGUGUUCUCCGCUCCCCUGUUCCACGCGCGUGAAUUGACAAGGCCCGGCGCAGAGAAGAGAACGUACCACUUCGACAUUGACGUUACUGACUACCCUGAGGAAGGCGGUGACGUCGAUUUCGUGGUUGGAGGUGCCAUCGGCGUUUGUGCUCCCAACUCACCUGUGAUAGUGGAUCAGGUGUUUGACCUAUUGGGCGUUCCAAGAUUUGUUCGGGACAAGCCGAUAUUGCUGAAGACCGCAACCGGAAGAUGGCCCACGAUCUGGGGUGACGAAGCCGCCAGGGAAUUGGUCACCACGAGAAGAGAGUUACUUACCUGGUGUUCCGACAUACAGAGUUACCCACCCACCAAGCAGCUCUUCCGGCUUUUGGCCGAGCAUGCCGAGGACCCCAGCGAGAAGAUGAUCUUGAUGUACUUGUCUUCGGCACAAGGGCAAGCUGCCUUCUGUGAUCUCCGAACUGGCCCGUACAUUACCAUUCCCCAAAUUCUCAAUGCGUUUCCGUCCUGCAGACCACCUCUCGACCACCUCCUUUCCGUUCUCAACACUCUGAUGCCUCGAUUCUAUUCGCUCUCGCAGGAUCCGACUAUCUCCUGCCAACGGGAUGGCGCAAACCGUCGCCGACUCAUCGAGAUUGCCGUGACUGUGCACGAAGCCGAUGACUACGCCACCGGAAAGCGAACUGGCGUGGGUUCCGGAUUUCUUGAGAGAUUGGCCCAACAGGUAAUGCAGGCAGAGAAGGAGGGCAAGGACCCUCGCGAGCUCGACCUCAGAGUCCCAAUGUUCCGGGGCUUGAUGGCGAAUCCACUCGCUAGGGAAUUUGUCAGCGACGGACCCAUGCUUCUCAUCGGCGCUGGAGUGGGUGUUGCUCCUUUCCGGGGCUUUGUUCACCGCCGGCUCAAGUCGGCAAAUUGUGCGAACAAGGUCUGGGUCCUUCAGGGCGUCCGCGACAGUCUUCUCGAUGAGCUGUAUUCUGGUGACUGGGGGGUGCACGAAGACAAGGUCAAAAAGGUUGUUCAAUCUCGUCGCGGCGAGGGACGAUACGUGCAAGAAGAGGUCCGCGCCCAAGCGGACUUGGUCUGGUUCAUCGUCAAUGCCGUGGACGGGAGAGUCUUUGUCUGCGGAAGUUCCAAGGGCAUGGGCGAGGGCGUGGAAGCCGCCUUAGUCGACGUGGCCAUGGCGAAGGGGAAGUUGAACCACGAUGAAGCGAAGAGUUUUUGGGAGGAGAAGAAGAAUUCGGGUCAGUAUAUCGCAGAGACGUGGUGA